AUGCCGGCACAAUUCAACGGACCCGUCACGGGCAGCAUUCCCAUCCAUAUCGUGACCGACCAGACAAACGGGUUCCAUAAGCAACACAAGCAUUCGCGAUCCUCCUACUCAGAGGCGUCUCCCCUUGCCAACUCCAGGAACAAUUCCUUGACCUUUCGCCCGCCUAAGAGGCUCAUGUCUACCCCAAAGACCAUUGCCGUUAUCAAUGCCAGCGGCCGCCAAGCUGCGUCGCUUAUACGCGUAGCUACGGCCGUUGGCUACCAUGUGAAUGCGCAGCUGAGGAAUCUUGAGGGCGUCAUUGCGACUGAGGUAUCGACCAACCCAAACGUCACUGUCUUUGUUGGCGAGCUCUACACCAGACACCAGCCUACCGCGGAGAACAGGGACGUAACCAAGAGUGGUUCCUUACCGGGCGUAGGAGUCAACCACGAAUUGAUCGCAAAUCUUUUCCGGGGCGCGCAGCUUGCAUUCAUCAAUACCACCUUCUAUGGCGAUGAACUGGCAAUCGGCAAGGCUCUUGCCGAUGCAGCCAAGCAGACCAAUAUCCAACACUACAUAUAUUCCUCCAUGCCCGAUCACGCAGCUUACAAUAGUGGGUGGCCGUCGCUACCUCUAUGGGCCGCCAAACACGAAGUAGAGGAAUACGCGAGGCACUUGGGUCUCCCUGCCACCUUUGUGUACACCGGAAUCUACAAUAACAAUUUUACGUCACUGCCCUAUCCUUUAUUCUGCAUGGAGCUGCAGCCGGACGGCUCUUUUACUUGGCAGGCGCCAUUCCAUGAAGACGCCAAGCUUCCGUGGCUGGAUGCUGAACAUGACGUUGGACCUGCCAUUUUACAGCUUUUUAAAGAUGGCGUAUCUAAGUGGGCUGGGGAGCGCAUUGCCUUGGCAUACGAGUAUCUCACGCCGGUAGAAGCAUGUAAGUUAUUUGCUCGUGGCGUGGGUCGCCGUGUUCGCUAUAUAAGGGGGCCCAUUGAGAUCAAAGUUCGUAUACCUACCGGCUAUCGACAACAGCUAGAAGCGCUGGAGAAGCUUUUCGAUCCUAAUGAGGAGGACGCUAAGAAGCAGCCGCCAUACUUUGGAGACCCCAAACUGGAAGCUAGCUGUCCGCGGGAGGCGCUUGAGUUGUGGGAGGGCCCCCGAGGGCUAGAAGAAUAUGCGAGAGAAAUGUUUCCAUUGGAGGAAGAAGCCAAUGGCUUGACAUGGAUGUUUGAAGAGGAGGACGAUGGCCACGACGCUCGAAUCGAAGCUCGAAUCCAGGCUACAACGACUUCUGUGGAGAACAUGAAGAUUCAAGAUGAUGCAGAGGACGACUCAUCUGACGACGACGACGACGUACUUGUCAUGCGAGGCCGCAAGCGUGCUGAGGAAGGCUGGCUUGCUUAG